UCUCACUCAGCGCCAUCCUCAUUUUAGCUGUGCAGGAAUAUAUACACACAGACAUUCGUCCAGUUUGCCGACCGGUGUAGUUGUGUCUCCAGGUGUGUCCAAGUUCGGCCCAAAUUUCCAGCUCCGUCUGUAAACAAUAUCGUGCCGAAUUUGUACUGUGACUUUUUAUUCGUGUGCACCGCUUGCGAAAGUCGCACCACUGGAUCUGGCCGAACUUAUAUGAGUGCUCAUUUCCACGCUACUGACAUUUCAUGCCAGUCGAAUAGCAACAACUACCCUCAGGACCAGCAGCAAUGGACCAGGAGUUUCCAGGUUCAUCAGCACAGGAAUUCAGAACAAACUGCAGUGAAAUCCGCGGGCGAAAUGGAAAAUAAAAGCAAGGAGGAUGCGAACGAGAAUGCCUGGGUUUGCGCAGGCCAGUCGGCCUUCCUCGGACCCUGCAUUUGGGACAAAAACAUUCCACACAACCCUGACCUCAGGAUUGGAGCACAAUACAUAGAUUUGGACGAUUUUCUGUCUGAAAAUGGCAUUCCUUUGGAGCAGUCUGUAUUUUCCAAUGAAAAUGGACAAACCUGGAAACGAAAUGACAAUGACAGCGACUCUCAACAAAACUAUUCCCAAAAUGUGGCCAAACUCGGCGUGGUCGCAGAAGUUCUUUCCCUAAACGGCAAGGGCGAGUACUCUAUGAAAUACCAGGGCAGUUCGAGUCCACCACACGCCUGCUCCUCCCUAACCUCAUCAUCUAGCAAAGAUGAGCUGGAAUCACCCACCUGCUCUUCAUACAAUAUGUAUUACUCCAUGAGUGGGAAUGAAUUCGACCCGCGAACAAGGCCGUUUUCUGACGAGGAGCUCAAACCGCAGGUCAUGGUGAAGAAGUCCCGGAAGAAGGUGUUUGUCCCCGAAGACAUGAAGGACGACAAAUACUGGGCGCGGAGACGCAAAAACAACAUUGCGGCCAAGCGGUCAAGAGAUGCGCGCAGAUUAAAAGAAAACCAGAUUGCUUUGCGAGCAGGAUUCCUCGAGAAGGAGAAUUCUUUUCUCAGAAAAGAGGUGGAGAAACUUAAAAAGGACAACAACCUGAUGCGGUUGAAGCUCGAGAAGACUCAGAAAAACUAACUGAUUUAAUUGAUUAAGAUUUUCCAUCAGCAAAGUUGCUUAAUGAUCCAUGUUGUCUGUGUUAAGGAUAUGAUUAAACUACUUUAUGUAUAAUAAUUUUAUUUCAAA